AUGACCUCGUACUUCCAACACAGGCGUGACUGCCAGUUCAAGAAAAGGGAACGGGACGAUAGAAUUAGAGGCCUGACACAGUAUCAUGGGCCUUUCACUUCCUUCGAUCGUGAGGUUAUCGAUAGACCCAUUGAAGGUCUGGUUCAGGAUGUCCAUAGCGGCGUGCUUCAGCCUAUCGACAUCCUACGCACCUACGGUAGGGUGGCAGUCAAGGCUCAAGAAAAGACCAACUGUGUCACCGAAGUGAUGCUGCAAGAAGCCGAGGGUUGGAUCAAGGACGGGUCUGUGAAUCUCAAGGGCCCCUUGGCGGGCAUCCCCGUCAGUCUGAAAGAUACCAUCGUAGUCGGCGGUUUCGACACAACGGUUGCUUAUAGCGGAUUCGUUGGCAACAAAACGACCCAAGACGGGCCCGUUGUCAGGCUGCUCAAGGACGCCGGAGCUGUUCCGUACGUGAAGACCAACUUGCCCAUCACAAUGCUGAGCUUUGAGUCAACCAACGACGUCUGGGGCCGAUGCACAAACCCGUAUAACAACAAGUACUCUCCGGGAGGCUCCACCGGCGGAGAGGCUGCGUUGCUUGCGCUUGGCGGGCGGAUUGGCGUUGGCAGUGAUGUGGCAGGGAGUGUGAGGGUCCCGGCCCACUUCUCUGGUAUCUACAGUCUUCGAUGCUCAACCGGGCGCUGGCCCAAGUUGGGAUUCCGCACUAGCAUGCCCGGCCAGGAGGGCGUUCCGAGUGUCUACUCACCCAUGACAAGAACCUUGAACGACCUGACCUACUUCACGCGGGCCAUGGUUGGGAUGCAACCAUGGAAGUAUGACCCUUCGGUGCAUCCGCUAGCAUGGAGGCCGGAGAUCGAGAAAGAAUUCGCUGCCAAAUCCAAGCUUCGCGUCGGCAUUCUGAGAACCGAUGGUGUCGUAGACCCGAGCCCAGCCUGCGAGAGGGCUCUAAAACAGGUUGAGUCUGCUCUCAAGGCGGAAGGCCACGAGAUUGUGGAAAUCGACCCCCCUUCAUGCUACGAGGCUUUAGUUAUUGGCUCGCACUUACUCAACGCAGAUGGUUGCCAGAUGUUCAGGUCAUUCUUCCGCACUGGCGAAUGGAACGACCCGGGUGCUCGCCAGAUGGAGUGGCUGAUGAACCUACCAAGACCCUUGAAGUAUGUCUAUUAUCUAUGGGUCAAGUACGUCCGGAGAGACGACAUAUGGGCCGGUCUCAUCAGGGGCUGGCACCAAAAGAGUGCUUUUGAGAACUGGAAACUGGUCGCAGAACGAGAAGCGUACCGAGUGAAGUGGUUUGAAUGGUGGAACAGCGUCGACGUUGAUUUUCUCCUGACGCCACCAAAUGCAACCCCGGCCGUGCCACACGAUGGUAUGAGUGACGCUAUCAGUAGCUGUGGUUAUACUUUCUUGUUCAAUGUCCUCGACUAUUCGGCCGGCGUUAUGCCCGUAACUCACGUCGACAAGGACUUGGACAAGCUUCCCAAGGGUUUCAACCUCAAAAAGCUCAAUGGCGUUGCUCAAGGUGCUUACAAGCUAUAUGAUGCCGAAGCGAUGCACGGUCUCCCGGUUGGUGUGCAGAUUGUCGGACGCCGUCUUGAGGAAGAGAAGGUACUGGCAGUUAUGAAGAGAGUGGAGGAUGCACUGGGCGAAAGCAAGUAUCAACAACUGGAUGUUGAUUGA